AUGUCCCAAUCCUCCUCACUGGUGACCAUUCCCGUCAUGAGCGCUGGGCCAUUCCCGUCUCAAGCUGCCAGAGCAGGUCUAGCUGGACCUUCGUCAUCGACUCCAGCGACAGCUUCAGCUCCAGUAGACGCGCAAGACAGCUCUUUGUUUGCCAAUUUGGCAGCAUACGCCGACGCUCUGGAUGCCCUGCCCCUCGACCUCACCAGGAGCUUCUCCGAUCUCAGGGAACUGGAUGCCGUGCUAGGAAGCCACUUGGCAGGCUUGACUGCUCGACUGUCCCACUUGUCCGACGCCAUCAGCCAACAAGACAUGUCACAGGGAGAGAGAUUGCUGGCUCUGAAGGAGUGUGCUGAGGAAGCGCGCGCAUAUAAGAUGGGAGGAGAAGACAAGAUCAGAGUCGCUGUAAACACCGCAGAGACUGUGAGUCAAAGAUCGUCGACGGUGGUGGCAGCGACGACUUCCAUAGUGAUGCUCACUCAUCUUGUGGCUUUUCAGAUCAUUUCGCACACAUCUCACAUUAGCACGUUGCUAACGGCUCUCAGCUCUCACCCUGGUCUGGCGCCAUACCUAGACUCCCCUCCUUCCCACCUGGCGGGGCACUUGUCAGAUGGCACACCGAUCGUGGGAGGCGAGCGCCCAGUGAUUCAGUCUGGUGCAGGGGGUACCGCUAAAGACGGAUCGAAGGGGAAGAAAGGCGGGCCUCCUCGUCUGGCUCGGUUGGGUGGGUCGGCUGGACCCAGUGGUCCGCUAGCCGCAGUGAGCUCUGCCGCAGCGGCGGCUGGCAUAAUGGGAGCAAGCCUUGCUGGCACGGUCGCCGGUCCAUCGGCUUCUCCAAGCACAGGCAAAGGAACCAAUCCUACGCCGAAGAAAAGGAAAGCCAACCCCAACGGCGUUGAUGAAGCACCGAGCGCUGGACAUACCAAGAGUGCAGCUACUUCGUCGUCCGCUGCCAAGAAGAAAGCCAACGCAGCAGCCGCUGCUGCAGCUACAGCAGGUGCCAUAUCGGCUGGUGCAGGAGGCGUGCUAGCGGGUAGUCUUCACGGCUCUAUAGGCAGCGGGACUGCUGGCGCUCAAGGAGGAUCGACAAGCAGACCGAGAGGUGGUGCCGUCGGUGCCAACGCGCCAAAUGGCAAGACAGCUGCUGACCGUCAACUGACCACUUCAAACGAACGAGGAGAGCGCACCUCGCGCGACGGAAAUGGGGAAGGCGAGAUCGAUGGAGAUGAUGCCAAAGGGCAAUCGACCAGUCGUUCGAGGCGUCCAGGUCCAUCAGGGACGGCUCACGCUGCUGCAUCAUCCGCAGCUGCAUCCAAGCACAACACCUCGUCCGCUUCCCCGGCCCCUUCCACAGCCGGACAUGGGGCAGGUAAUAACGGCGGAGCGAUGCCGGGUCAGAUCGGAACUGGACAGUCGAGCAAUGCUUCCUCUGUCGCUCCUCCUGCUCGCUCAGCUCGCGUCACCAGAGCAGUCAGGGGCGGUGCGGAUGAGAACCCGAGCAACGCAACAGCUGUGGCCGAAGAAGAUGAGAGGAGGUACUGCUAUUGCGACAACAUCUCUUAUGGCGAUAUGAUCGGAUGCGAUGGAGAUGACUGUGAGAGGGAAUGGGUGAGUAUGGCAUGACUUCUCUUGCCUUGCCUGCUGAGGAGAGACGCGCGACACAGUAGGUCAAGUCGACGAACCAUGAUCAGCUCACGAGCCACUCUUCCUCGCUUUACCACAGUUCCACCUUGCGUGCGUCGGUAUGACCAAGCCACCGCACGGCUCAUGGCUGUGCGACGAAUGCAGACACAAGACUGAACACAGCAAGAAGCACGGCGGUGGAAACGGCAACUCCAAGUACACAAAGGGUGGAGGCAAAGGUCAUUCUCGUAGAUAA